AUGGCCUCAGGGAAAGAUAUCGUUGGACUUGAUAACCCUGCAUUUGAUACUGGUGAACAAGUCAAUAAUCAACUCAGAGGAAAGGAAGGAAAGACAAAAAAGGGCAGCUUUGAAGCAGAAGAGGACAGAAACAAACCCAUCUAUUGUGUGACCGAUGUUCCCCCCUGGUACCUUGCUAUUUUUCUGGCCAUUCAGCAUUACCUGACAGCAUUCGGUAGUAUCCUCUCCAUACCUCUCAUUCUGUCAGAGGGACUGUGUCUGCAGCAUGACAGCCUGACUCAGAGUCAACUCAUUAACACCAUAUUCUUCGUCUCCGGCCUGUGCACCCUGCUGCAGGUCACCUUCGGUGUCAGGCUUCCCAUCCUACAAGGUGGAACAUUUGCUUUGCUAACACCUGCUGUAGCCAUGUUAUCUUUGCCAGAGUGGAAAUGCCCAGCUUGGACCCAGAACGCCACUCUGGUCAACACCUCCUCACCUGUCUUUAUAGAAGUGUGGCAGACCCGCCUGAGAACACUGCAGGGCUCUAUCAUGGUGGCCUCCCUACUCCAGAUCCUGGUUGGUUUCUCUGGCCUGAUUGGCUUCCUCAUGCGCUUCAUUGGCCCUUUAACCAUUGCCCCCACGGUCUCUCUCAUCGGCCUGUCACUGUACGACUCAGCUGGAAUCAAGCUUGGCAGUCACUGGGGCAUCUCUGCUAUGACCACAGCGCUGAUCAUUCUGUUCUCCCAGUACCUUCGUGGUGUACCAGUUCCUUUCCCUGCAUACAACAAAGCCAGGAAACUGCAUACCUCAAAGUUCUAUAUCUUCCAGGCCGUACCUAUUCUGCUGGGCAUAAUGGUGUCAUGGUUAGUCUGCUACCUUCUUACCAUCUAUGACGUCCUACCAUCUGAUCCAGCCAUAUAUGGACACCUGGCCCGCACUGAUGUGAAAGGGAAUGUGGUUGAAGAGGCUUCCUGGUUCUCAGUUCCUUAUCCUGGUCAGUGGGGUGUUCCAACCGUGAGCCUGCCAGGUGUGAUGGGCAUUAUGGCUGGUAUAAUAUGCUCCAUGGCAGAGUCUGUGGGUGACUACCACGCGUGUGCUAAGCUUUCAGGGGCUCCUCCUCCUCCUAAGCAUGCUAUCAACCGGGGCAUUGGUAUCGAAGGGCUUGGCUGUUUGUUGGCAGGGGCCUUCGGCUCAGGGAACGGCACUACCUCAUUCAGUGAGAAUGUGGCUGCUCUGGGUAUUACCAAAGUGGGUAGCCGGAUGGUCAUUCUUCUGAGUGGAGUUUUCAUGAUUUUGAUUGGGAUGUUGGGUAAAGUUGGAGCCAUUUUCACAACCAUCCCCACUCCUGUGCUUGGAGGAAUGUUCCUGAUCAUGUUUGGAGUCAUAUCUGCAGCAGGAAUAUCUAAUCUGCAGUCCACAGAUAUGAACUCCUCCAGGAACAUAUUUGUUUUUGGCUUUUCCAUCUUCACUGCACUUGUUGUCCCUAACUGGAUAAUGAAGAAUCCUGAUUCCUUUAAAACAGGUGUGAACGAGCUGGACCAAGUGAUCCACAUACUGUUGUCCACACAUAUGUUUGUAGGAGGGUUUCUCGGCUUCUUCCUGGAUAACACGAUUCCAGGGACCAAACGCGAGCGUGGCCUCUUAGCUUCUGAUGAAUUCAAUCUCGAAGACUCGGGAAGCGCAGAAACUGAAGAGGUGUACGACCUACCCUUUGGCAUAACCUCUUGUCUCUCGUCUCAGUCUUGGAUUCGUUAUGUCCCAUUCUGCCCACAGAAGGGUUAUAGGACUCAGCACAAGUCCGAAGGCAAUCAGACUUCAUACAAUGAGCAGCUGCCAAACUGCACAGAGGUCACUGAGGAAUUUGCUUUUUAAAGUCUGAAACAGAGUUGGUGUGAUAAAAUAAUGACGUGAGUAAUGUAUCUGCUUCUUUUUUGAAGUCAUGAUGCCGUUUUUUUAUCAAACAGAGGCCACAGAAAUAUUGUCAGGUCCAAGGAUCUUUAUUCAUUAACCCUCCUGUUAUGUUCGUUUCUCUGGAACAGCAAUAAUGUUCCUGGGUCAAUUUGACCUGGGCAUAUUCAAUUAUCCAAAA